UCAUUACGUUCCGCCAUGGCGCUUCCUGACUGGAUGGUAACGCUGGUGGCCGCCGCAUCCUUCUUCUGUUUCUUAUGUUUGUGUGUUCGUUACAGACGAACAGGACAGCUGUUGUGGAGAAAGGUGUUUAGCAGGAUAAUGGCCCGCACAGAGAAGCCCUUGUUCCGAAUCGCGUACACACUCUACACGAGGACCAGACUUGGCUACAUGUACUAUAAGAGACAAAUGAGGAAAGCCCGGGAACAUUACCCAGCUGGACAUUCCACAUCUUAUCCCAUGGAGUUCAAUGGUAUUAAGAUAGUUCCUAUCUCAGUGCUCUCUGACAACUACAGUUACCUUGUGAUUGACACAGCCUCCAGUGUCGCGGUUGUUGUAGAUCCUGCAGACCCUCAAACAGUUCAGGCAGUCCUUGAGGAAGAGGGAGUAAUGUUAGAAGCAAUAUUGUGUACACACAAGCAUUGGGACCACAGUGGGGGAAACAAAGGGUUGAAAAGGCUUCACAGCUCUUGCCGAGUUUAUGGAAAUGCAGCGGAUAACAUUCCUGGCCUCACACACCCUCUUUCACACAAGGACUCAGUAACAGUUGGCCGUAUGCACUUUAAAGCCCUCUUCACUCCUGGCCACACUGUAGGCCACAUGAUCUACUUCCUGGAUGGCCAGGCGGUCGGUGCCCCCUCCAGCCUCUUCUCUGGUGACCUGGUGUUCCUCUCAGGAUGUGGGCGGAUGUUUGAAGGCAGCGCCACAACCAUGCUGUCAUCUCUGGACACAGUUGGCUCCUUGAGUGAUGACACUCUAUUAUGGCCUGGUCAUGAAUAUGCGGAGGACAACCUGCUGUUUGCUGCUGAGGUUGAGCCACGCAACACUGCCAGGGAAAAUAAAUAUCAGUGGGUGCUGCAGCAGCGAGGCCAGAAGCUGUGCACGAGUCCUUCCACCAUCGGAGAGGAGAAGCAGUACAACCCGUUCCUGCGCAGCCACUCUGCAGAGCUCCAUCUGGCCCUGGGUGUGCAGCAGUUCCAGGACGAAGACUGGACCCAGUUCAGGGCAAGGGUGCUGGAGGAGCUGCGGAAACGCAAAGACCUCUACAACAGGAGAUAGUACUACAGAGAAGUCCAAUAAACAGCAAGGGAACACAGGCGUGGGCUCACCUUUACUGGACAGCGGUACGAAAGCUACGAUAUAUGGAUGAAAUGAAACAAUAAGCUGAUCUAUGAGGUACUGUAUAAAAGGCAGAUCUGUUCUGUAAGUGUAGAGGGGCAUUAAGUCAUUCUGACCUCUAUUGACCACUAGGAACAUAAUCACAACUUCAUUAUUACAUAACACUAGUACUGUUAUGUCUCCACAUGCUGUAAAUUUUGGUCAUUUUUAGGCAAUGGACAGCAGUGCUCAUUUAUUGCCAUUUUAACAUAGUGAAAUACACAACACUGUAGAUUUGCAUGAGUAACAUUUGGUCAUUUUACAAGUAGAUACAACCAGAUUUCUGAUUCUGGUUUGUGAAACACUACGUGGAAUCAUUCAGCAUGUUAGGUACUGAACUGUUUACUCCACAGUUUGGUACGUUUUUAGGACAAGUAAUAAAUGGUCUCAAAAAGCCUUCCAUGACAAUCUUCGGUACACAGGCUGUAUUUGUUGACUUCACAUUUACAGUGCUGUCUAAGUGUAAUUAACUGCUCCCUGCAGACUUGAGACUUUGGGAUUUGAUUGUGAAUAUUUGAUUUGCUAUGUUCAACUGUAAAGGUACCACGAAUUCAUUAUAUCACAAAGAUGCUUUGCUGUGGAUACUUUGUGUUAGAGUAAGCACAAUAUCUGGAAGCAAAGUCUGCACGUUAGGAUUUCAUUGUUUUAAAUGCUGAAUCAGUUAAUCAAUGCUGAACGAGUUUUGUACUUCAAAAAGGUUACUAGCGUUAGCUAAAUGAGAUGGGUGUGAUUGGGCUACUUGUUUUUUUUUUUUUUCCUUCUCUAAAAUGUUUUUAUAAUUCAUGACAAGUAAACAAACAAGGUGGCCAAAGGGGGAUGCAUAUUUUUCUAGUUCUCUCGACCUCUUUUGUGCCACUCUCAGUUAUUUUUGCUGAGCUGAUUUUUUCACAUUUAAAUCUGUAUUUUUCAAGUACACUUUCCACUAUAUGAAUGUGAACCUCAAAAUAUGUGACGGAUUGAACUGAUAUUGUGUUGUAAUAUUUGAAACGUGACUGAAUUGCCACUGAGGGGAAUAUUUCACAUGUUAGGUUAUAGAGUCAUGGCUGCGUUUAUAAUGAAGAUAACUAGCUCAUACGAUACGCUGCAUUCGGUUUCAGCUGAUGCUUCAAAAAUGGCGGGAUGGUGAUGGAUUUUUCUUACUUUCUUUAAAGCAUGACACUACAAUGUGGCAUUGACUGUGAUGCUCAAUUUAAAAGAAGAAAUAUUUUUAUGACCAAUAUAUAAAUCUCUGGAAACCAAAACUGUACAUAUGUUUUAAAUAUAUUUAAGGAUUUAUUUUGCUGUGACUACAUUUGACGUCAGAUAGCAAGUUGCAUUUUGGAUGUUCAAAUUAUCCAGAUUUAUUGAGCUUCCGUUUUAAUGAAUCUCUUGGUUGUUUUCUUUGGGUUGAAAAUAUGCUGGAAAAAUCAGCAGGCAUCUCAUUUACAGGCAUGUAUAGACUUUACGACUGUUAAAAUGCCACUAGUGGUAGAUUAUUUCAGCUAUAGUUAGUUAAUGCUAAUUCUGUAACAGCUGUCACAUCACCCUGUGACCACCAGUAAACUUUGUUUUGGUAGCUCUACAAAAAAGCCUGCUGUAGGGAAUCAAUAUUUUGAGGUCAUUAAGCUCAUAGUUCUGAACCAGGGCCUCCACUGUGUUCCAGCUGUUAUUUCAAUGUGUCAAGAGCAAUAUAUUCUGCUGAUCUUUACGCUUCCAGGUUGGCUGUGAAAAUGAAUUUGCCUAAUAAAUGUUGAUAAAUUCAAUAGCUGACACCAAAAAAAAGAGUCGUACUGUUGGCCUUUUGCCCAUCAAUUACUGAUCACUGAGCUAAACUGAGUAUGGCAUGUUAUAAUGCAGUUGAAAAUAAAGCAGGUUAAAUUUUGUUAACAGAUUUCAGGUUUGUAAGUCGAUGUGACAGUGGAUUUGGUACAAUGUUAUUGAACCUGAACUCUGUCAAGAAAAACUUGGUCCUCUUCUCGUGCAUGUUUCUUGUUGCGUCUUUUUGAUGAAGGAAGUGUAAUGCAACCCUGUUUUUAGAUGGAGAACGGACGGAAUGAAAAAGAAAUACAUCUUUAAAGUUCUGAGGAGGUAUGAAAGCACUUCAGAUUUCUCUGUUGCUCCUGCAGAGGAGCCUCUGCUAGAGCACCUUGUCCCCUGGUGAUUGUUAACUAAAAUGUUAUUCUGUUUGUUUGAUGCCGCUUUGCACCUUAUUUGCAUAUGUUUGAGUUAUGAAUACCACCACAUGGGAGACUGUUUUACUUCAGGUUAUGUUUUAAUGAGGAAAUAUGAAAGUAAACUCCUCCAUUAGA